AUGGAGGACAGUGAGCUCAUCUUUCUGGAGCGCCAUGAUGAGGGCCCUACUGUGGAGCCAGGAGUCAGGGAGGGCCCUAACGUGGUCUUCUCCAAAGACAAGCCUGGAGUCAGGGAGGGUCCUACCGUGGUCUUCUCCAAAGACAAGCCUGGAGUCAGGGAGGGUCCUACCGUGGUCUUCUCCAAAGACAAGCCUGGAGUCAUAGAGGCCAGGGACAGUAGGCCCGACUCAGGCCUGGGGCUAGGGUUGGGGCUGGAGCCAGGCCAGGGACGCCGCUCCUCGGGCUUCCACGUCCCCCUCUCCCCCUCCUCCCCGGGCUCCCUGGCUGACCUGGCCAUGACCUCGACACCCCCCAGGCCUGGUGAAGUCCUCCUCCACAGAGCUGCAGACCAAAGAGACUAGUUCCUUGAGAAGCUCCAAACCCCUCCUCAGCCUGGUCAAGUCCCUCUCCACUGAGAUCUCCCGCCUCGAACCUGAGGUCUACCUCUCCAAGUCGGACUCCAAGCUCCACAUGCACCCCUGGAAGCAGUUCACCCAGACCCAACCCAAGCUCCAGGAGGCUGGUUCUGGGAAUGAUAGCUUGACGGCACCCCCGUCCCCCGUCUCCCCCACGGAGCCCAAAGGAAGUUCCCUGAUGACCGAGUUUGAGGACACGCGGAGGAAGUUCUCGGAGGCCAUGCAGGACCCCAUGAGCAUGUGGGGUAAGAUGAUGGGGGACGAGUCGAGCUCCGGGAGCCCCAAACAGAAGGUGUCUGGGGGGGUCGGGGACUCACCUGCCUCCCUUGGUAGCUGUGGAGGUGGUGGGAGUGGGACCCCAGUGAACAUUGAAGACAGGAGCACAGAGACACAAGUAAGAUACAGACGUGGAACAGACAGCGAACUGGGUGUGUGUGAAACCCCACUGAGGAGACCCAGGAGGGGCCCUCUGAAGCCCUCGCUCUUCCCAGAGCACCACAGCCAGCUGGGGGAUAGCCUCUACGAGAUCUGCACCAACGGAGACCUCAUCCAGGUGGUGGAGGUCCAGGGGGGCGGAACCAAGGGAGCUGGUACCAGAUGCCAGCAUCGAGGAACCCGUCCCCAGGCUCAAGGCAGGAUUCCUGGGGUUCCUGUGGCCUCAGUGCCUGUCCGCUGGCUAUUGUUUGUGGGCGUACUGGCCUAUGGGUUCUUUGUGCUCCCUCUGCCCUCCUAUGUGACUGGGCUGUCCCUGGGGCUAGCUUGUGGGUUCCUGUUAGGGUUGGUGGUGGUCCUGGUGUUCACGCCCCGUCAGCGCUCCAGAGCUUUGCCACCCUGGGGCACUACAGGGGCCCGGUGGUCCCAAGACAACAGCCUGCUGCCCUCGGACCCUGUUGGUGGGCCGCGCACAGAUGCAGAAGUCCUGGAGGUGAGUUUGAGGAUAUGGAAGUGGUCACACACACAUACACACACACAAGUACCAAAGAUUGAUAGAGUUACAGUAGGUAAACACAGACGGACGGACAGACAGAUUGUCACAGACAGACAGGCCGGCAGGCAGGCAGACGGUCAGCCCUUAAAAAUACAAAGAGAACAGGCUUUCAUCUUUUUUUAUAUCUUUAAAAAAAUUGUUGAUACAUUUCUCUCAUGAACCAAAGCGAGAGCAACAAACUGUAUCUAUGGUAACAAUCAUUACUACUGUGUCUCUAUAGAGUGGAGGAGUAGAGACCUUUGUUUCUGUGAAGCAGAGCAUGAAUGAGGCCAGGUGCUGAUUAGAGAGGAUAGUGAGGACUGAGGGGCUUACAGCCUAGUACAGAUACAGCAUUACAGACCAUACGGCUGCUUCUGCAAUGGCAGCCUAUUCCCUUUGUGGUGCACUACUUUUGACCAGGGCCCUGGUAAAGAGUUGUGCACUACAUAGGGGAUAGGAUGCCAUUUGGGACGCAUACCAUCUCUCUCAGUUGUUGCCCAUGUAGUCCCUGUACAUCCUCUGCCCCUUGGCCUUUGAUUAGUGAGGAAUGAGGGGCUUAUAGCCCGGUCCAGAUACAGCACAGCCCAUCUUAGUCUACUGUAGCCAAGGUAGUCCCUGUGCACCCUCUGGCCCUUGGCCUCUUAGAGCUGGAGCUACACAGUGCUAAUAAUCACCAGAGCCCAGUUUAAAACCCUCUGUGUCUAGGCCAGUUGACUUGCUAGUCUGAUGGAUUGGUUGUGGAUUGGUUGUGGUUUAACGUCUGUCUAUCUGCGCGGCAGACUUCCACCUGUGAUGUCACUCUGUGAUUUGCAUAUUCAUAAUUGUUUCUCCAAUCACCACUACUGAAAGGAUAGACAAUUGCCGCUGUGUGUCUAAUUGUGUCUAAAUGUGUGUCUAAGUGUGUGUGUGUGUGUGUGUGUGUGUGCGUGCAUGCGUGCAUGUGCGUGUCUCAUCUACCAGUCCCUUAGCUGCAGCAGCUGUGAUAUUUCUGUCUUGAUUAAUUCAGUUGGCUCUAAGCUGAACCCAAGACAUAAGAAACACAUAAUAAGCUCAGUAGACCACUGCAAAACAGUCAAAUUAGGUUGAAACUUUUAAGGCUAUAAGCCAAUGCAAUGUUGCAUGCUGCGUUCAGUGUUGUAUUUCAGUUUACAGUAGGCAUGUAUACAGCUUAGUACAUAAGAUGCAAGUAUCUGUGUUUCUUCCAAGUCCAGUAGGUGACCAAUCAGAUUGAUGUCACAGCAUGACUAUUUUACCUAAGCCCUAAGCCUGAGUUCUGCCUCAGAGGAACAGAAACAUACCUGAUUCACACUGUAGGGCCGACCCAACCCGUACUGGUCUGGCUUGCAUAUUUUAUUUUCAUAUAGUCAUUUCCAGCGUGGUUGCAGCAACUAUGAUGGAGGUAUAACCAUGCCAGUCCAGUGCAGCUCCACUUUGCUCAGUAGUGGAAAGGAGUAAUAGAGAGCUGCACCUAGCUCUGGUUUCACUGCCACAGAUUUGACUACAGGUAAAUCACAGCGCUCAAUAUCCAAUGAGUAUUCAGGCAAAACUAGGAAGGGUUAUACUAGAACAAAUACAGCAGGAAGGAAGACAGAUUUGAGACAAUUUGCUGACUGUGAGUUAUCUACAUAUUACCUUUGAGAGAUAAUUCAUGGUAAACACUCUGUGAACAACAACAGCAACAGUAAACAUCAGUGAAAAGCUGUGACUGCCCAAGUGAACACAAUGUAAGAAAGUGAAAGAAAUGUGAGUUUAUUAGAGUGAGAGAAAAACACUAACAAACAAACAAAGCUCACCAGGCAAUACCCCAGAGUGCUAGAGCCAGUCUCCUGUGAGAGAUGAGACAUGUAUAGAGCCAGUUUCCUGUGAUAGAUAAGACAUGUAUAGAGCCAGUUUCCUGUGAUAGAUGAGACAUGUAUAGAGCCAGUUUCCUGUGAUAGAUAAGACAUGUAUAGAACCAGUCUCCUGUGAUAGAUAAGACAUGUAUAGAACCAGUCUCCUGUGAUAGAUAAGACAUGUAUAGAACCAGUCUCCUGUGAUAGAUAAGACAUGUAUAGAGCCAGUCUCCUGUGAUAGAUAAGACAUGUAUAGAGCCAGUCUCCUGUGAUAGAUAAGACAUGUAUAGAGCCAGUCUCCUGUGAGAGAUGAGACAUGUAUAGAGCCAGUUCCUGUGAUAGAUGAGACAUGUAUAGAGCCAGUCUCCUGUGAUAGAUAAACAUUAUGAGCAGCUCCAUGAUUGUGCGUGUUCCUUUCACACUAUAUAAACCAGUGACCCUCAGUGUUUGUCAUUAUACCCUGAUGAAGACAGCUUGUCUGUCGAAACGUUGGUUAUUAAGAUAUUAAAUUAUUGCAUCUGAGCUCCUAGAGUGUGCGGCUUUCCUUUUCAUUUUGAAGUGUUUUACGCCGUCAGCCAGCACCUCGCCUAAAUAGGUGUGCGUUUCUUUCGCCUUUAUCUUAGUUGUGUAUUCUAUCUUAGGACUUCACGUUUCGUUUCAUUUAUUGUUUUGUCGUUGUGUUUAUUAAGUUAAAUAAACAUGUACGUAUAUAACGCUGCGCCUUGGUCUGACCCGUCAUUAAACGAACGUGACACAAGAUCCCACCAAACGAGGACCAUGCAGCAUGCCCAGGCGGAGAGAGUAGCCAUGUCACAGGUGGGCAAUUUGUGGUCAUGGGAAGAGAUAUUUGCGGGGAGAGGACCAUGGGCUAAGGUAAAUGCCCAGGCAGGAGAGGAGCAACGGCAACACAGAGGAGGCCGGUCGAGGAGGAAGCCCGAGAAGCAGCCCCAAUAAAAAAAUUUGGGGGGGCACAGGGGGUGGUUGGCGGAGCCUAGUGUCAGAGCAGAGCCAACUCCCCGUACUCACGCGAGGAAGCGUAUGACUGGGCAGGCUCCGUGUUAUGCGGAGCUACGUACUGUGUCGCCAGUGCGCCGGCACAGUCCUGUAAGUCCUGUGCUUGCACCACGCACGUGCAGUGCGAAAGUGGGCAGCCAGCCAGGACUGGUUGUGCCAGCUCUCCGCUCUAGACCUCCAGUCCGCCUCCACAGUCCGGCCCGGCCUGUUCCUGCUCCUCGCACCAAGCCAGUGGUGCGCGUCGCAAGCCCGGCCUGUUCCUGCUCCUCGCACCAAGCCAGUGGUGCACGUCGCCAGCCCGGCCUGGCCUGUUCCUGCUCCUCGCACCAAGCCAGUGGUGCGCGUCGCCAGGCCGGCCCGGCCUGUUCCUGCUCCUCGCACCAAGCCAGUGGUGCGCGUCGCCAGCCCGGCCCGGCCUGUUCCUGCUCCUCGCACCAAGCCAGUGGUGCGCGUCGCCAGCCCGGCCCGGCCUGUUCCUGCUCCUCGCACCAAGCCAGUGGUGCGCGUCGCCAGCCCGGCCUGCUCCUCGCACCAAGCCAGUGGUGCGCGUCGCCAGUCCGGCCCAGCCUGUUCCUGCUCCUCGCACCAAGCCAGUGGUGCGCGUCGCCAGCCCGGCCCGGCCUGUUCCUGCUCCCCGCACCAAGACAGUGGUGCGCAUCUCCAGUCCGGCACGGCCCGUGCCCGUUCCACCGGUGCCUGGGCCGGCACCGGUCAGCUGCUCCACUCCGGAGUCAGAGCUGUCCGCUCCACCGGUGCCUGAUCCAGCUCCGGUCAGCUGCUCCACUCCAGAGCCAGAGCAGUCCGUUCCACCGGUGCCUGAUCCAGCUCCGGUCAGCUGCGCCACUCAGGAGCCAGAGCAGUCCGCUCCACCGGGGUCUAGUCCAGCUCCGGUCAGCGGCUCCACUCCGGAGCCAGAGCAGUCCGCUCCACCGGUGCCUGAUUCAGCUCCGGUCAGCGGCUCCACUCCGGAGCCAGAGCAGUCCGCUCCACCGGUGCCUAGUCCAGCUCCGGUCAGCGGCUCCAGUCCAGACCAUGACGUCAGCCCCUCUCCAGGUUCGGGGUCUCCCACACCAGGGUCCAGACAGGGCCUGGCGUAUCGUGGGGUGAAGGAGAGGGGAAGCAGCGCGCCGAGGUCCAGACCAGACCAGGGGCGCAACAGGGAGGUGGAGAGUGAGAGGUCGUCACGCCCCGAGCCGGAUCCGCCUCCGAGGCGGAAUGCCCACCCGGCCCCUACCCUGUUAUGUUUAUGUUGUGCGGUCGGAGUCCGCACCUUUGGGGGGGGGUGUACUGUCACGCCCUGACUCAGGGGACGCUUAAAUGUUGAAUCAGGGUGUGUAUAUUCUUUGUUGUGCGUUUUCUAUGUUUGUAUUCUAGUAUGUGUAGUUCUAUGUUGGCCGGUGUGGUUCCCAAUCAGAGGCAGCUGUCGCUCGUUGUCUCUGAUUGGGGAUCAUACUUAGGCAGCCUAUUGGCACUAGUGGGUUGUGGGAUCUUGUUCCAGUUAAGGUUAGUUGUGUAUUCUACCUUAGGACUUCACGUUUCGUUUCAUUUAUUGUUUUGUCGUUGUGUUUAUUAAGUUAAAUAAACAUGUACGUAUAUCACGCGCCUUGUGCCCCUCUACCUCUUAUGGUUUCCACCUCUUCUCCUGCUGUUGGAGCACGGAACCCCCAUUUUUCCUCUUAGGGAACGUGUUGGGUGAAAUGCUGUUGUUCACCGUAAGCCCCUAUGGGCCCUGUUCAAAAGGAGUGCACUAUAUAGGGAAUAGGGUGCCAUUCUAGACACAACCCAAACCUGUACUAUACAUCCUCCAUGCAUUCUAGGGCUGGAUGAACGAGAUGCCUGUGUACGACCCGGAGACCUACCACCCGUCCCUCACCCACUCUGUGUAUGCCACCCUGGAGGGCAGCCGCCUGCGCCUGGCCUACCCCCGCACCAACAUCCCCCGACGGGCAGCCUUCGACGAACUGCCCCAUGAAGCCGUGUUCCUGCGCUCACGCUGCUACCAGCUGGCCAACUGCAAGGUCAGUGUGUCCAAAUAGCAUGACAUUUGCUUAAGGAUUUCUGAAGCAUCUAGUCUUUAUAAAGGGUUUAUGAAGGCUUUGUUACGGUAAGUUGUUCAUUAUUUAUUGUUUCUUAUUUCAAACCAGGUCUCCCUGUUGCCUGCUGCCUUGGCACGGAAGAGAGUUUGGAACAAGAAGUACCCCAUCUGUAUCAUACUGGCCGAGGGAGAGGUGGGGAGAGAGGAGGAGGAGAAAGUAGAAGACGGGCAAGAGGAGGAGGAGAGGACAGACAAGCAGACACUCCCUGACACACAGACACAGGGCCUACCCGACACUCUCUACCUCUUUGGUCGUACAGGAAGAGAGAAGGAGGAUUGGUUCCAGCACUUCCUGUUAGCCUCAAGGUCAGAGGUCAAGAGCAGCCCAAUCAGAGACGUGCCCAAGUCUGGUAAGAAACCGUGCUGCCCCCUACUGACAUGGUAGGUUACAUCCCAAAUGGCACCCUAUUCCCUGUGGGCCCUGGUCAAAAGUAGUUCACUACAUAGGGAAUAGGGUGCCAUUUGGGAAACACCCUGGACAGGAAUCAGUGGUUUGUCAUUUUUCAUAUAUAAUAAGGAUUGAAUUGAGUGUAAUUUUAUUUUAACCACCUCCCUCCCGUGUUCCUUACCCCCUCUUGCCCUGUCCACCUGUCUUCCUGACUCUCUCCCUCUCUCUAUCCUCCUCCAUAUCUCCCCACUUCCUUCCUUCUCUCUCUCUUCCCCAGAGGUGUUAUGCAGUGGGGGCUCCAGUAUGGGCAGUACAGAGCACCUGCCCCCUCUGGUUGGCCUGCGUGACCUGGUGGAAUACGGCUCUUACAUGAGCCGCCUCAUUGGCUUAGAGGGUAGCAGUCCCAACCCCAGCUCCUGCCACAGCGACCAGGGAAGCCCCACAGCUAGGAAGAGGGUACGCUACAAGAUGGGACUAUUAACCUGGUGGUUCAAUGGUGUUUCAUACAAAUACGUUUAUUCUUCCCCAUAUGGCUCUGGUCAAAAGUACUACAGUAUCUGCCAAUCAGAUCACCAUUUUGGGUACUUAACCUCUGAACCUUUACUAUCGUUCGAAUCCUUAACAUAACUCACAUUGAUUAGAAUACAUAAAUAUAGCCACAGUUACAAUCCAGUCAGUCUUUGGCCUUGGAGAGAGGAGAAUAGAUACUGACUGACUCAGCUAGAUGCUGUAUACAUGCUGAGUGGACUAAAUGGAUCAGAUAUCACCUGGAUGGGAUAUUAAUAGGAGCAGUGUACCUGGCUGUGUUGUAUUCAUUGGGCACCAAACGGAAGCAAACAACCAAAACGGGGAGGGACCUACCUGAAUUUGACCGAUAGGAAAUGUUUGUUUCUGUUUCACGUUGUGGCUUGUUUGCUACGGUGUGCACUAAGGAAUAUGACCCAGGUUUGGCUGUGUGUUCUGUUCUGAUGUCCUGUGUGGUGAGCAUCUGUUGUGGAGUAAGGUAGUAGUGAGAUGGGGCCUGAUCCUAGAUCAGCACGCCUACUGUGAAACGUUUUUUGUAAUCCGUCUCUGUUCUGUUCUCUCCUCUAUCCAGUUCCCCAGUGAGGAGGCAUCAGCAGAGGGGGGCUGCCCAGCAGAGGGCCAGCCGGCCUGGGUCAAUGCCCUGGUGGGGAGGAUCUUCUGGGACUUCCUCCGGGAGAAGUACUGGGUGGACCUGGUGGCCCACAAGAUCCAGAAGAAGCUGAGUAAGAUCAGGGUGAGUCUGGGGGUGGGUUGGGGAAGGGGGUGGGUGGGUGGGUGGGUGGAUGAAUGGAUGAGUAGGUGGGUGGGAGUGUUGGUAGAUGGAUGGAUGGGUUUGUGGGUCAGUGGGUGGGUGGAGGAAAUGUCUGUAUGUAAAGAAAAUAAUAUCGAUAUCCUCCAUAUCUCUGUCACUACAUGGUAAGUCCUAUAGAAUCCAACUACAGGACAUGAUCGUCUCACUGGGGUACUGGGUACUGGGGUACGGGGGUACUGGGGUAUUAAGGUACUGGGGCACUGGGGUACUAAGGUACUGGGGUACUGGGUACUGGGCCACUGGGGUACUAAGGUACUGGGGUACUGGGGUACUAAGGUACUGGGGUACUGGGGUAUUAAGGUACUGGGGCACUGGGGUACUAAGGUACUGGGGUACUGGGGUAUUAAGGUACUGGGGUAUUAAGGUACUGGGGUAUUAAGGUACUGGGGUACUGGGGCACUGGGGUACUGCUCUGUGCUUGUUACUUAUACAUCAGUCAUACUAUUGAGCACGAGGUCAGACAAGGGCAGCAGGCCAUCAACAUUGGAGAGUGGAAAGGAGGAGGAGGGUUAAUGCCUUGUCAGCUCCCUCUAUUAUGGGCUGUCAUGUGCUGCAGCUCCCCAUCACUCUCCAUCACACUCACACACACUCCCCAUCACACACAUACUCACACUUCCCACCAUGCACGCACACACGAGACAUACAUUUUCUGAACACCAUUAUUGUUUGUUCUCCUGUAGUUGCCGUACUUUGUGAAUGAACUGAAGCUGGCAGAUCUGGACAUGGGUACCUGCAUACCUCAGGCACUCAGCAUCUCUAAACCCUCACUGGACCACAGAGGUGAGAGGAUGUGUGUGUGUGUGUGUGUGUGUGUGGUGCAUCUGUAUCUUUCCCCUGCUCAGAUUGACAUCCUGCGCACACACACACACACACACACACACACACAUUACAUUCUCAGACCAGGUCCAGUGCUGACUUGAUCCCAUUUGUGUCCAAAUGGAGCGUCACAACUCUAGGGCUACGUCCCAAAUGGCACCCUAUUCCCUUUAUAGUUCACUACCUUUGACCAGGUCUGUCACUAUAAAGGGAAUAUGGUGCCAUUUGGAACGCAGCCUAAAGCUCCUUCCUAUUGUCUUCCUCCGCAGGGAUUAGCAAUCUGCUUAACAUUGAUCUUCCUACACACACAUAACAUGCUAACGCUACAUCCCAUUAGGCUACUAUCGUCACUAGUCUCAACUUGCCAUAUGGCACAGAAUGACAAUACUACAUCUGCCCCCUUCCUUUCCUUUUAUGAUAACAUGACAACAAUAAUGGUUGUCUCGAAUAGGAAAUCAAUUAAAAUCAUGAUUCGAUCCAAAAUGUGUGUGUGCCUGACUGCGCGAAUCUCUCGCUGGCUUCUGUAUCACCUUAAUAAAGACCUCUCUCUCUAACCCCCCCAUCCCUCUCUCUCUAACCCCCCCAUCCCUCUCUCUCUAACCCCCCCAUCCCUCUCUCUCUAACACCCCAUCCCUCUCUCUCUAACCCCCUCCCCAUCCCUCUCUCUCUAACCCCCCCAUCCCUCUCUCUCUAACCCCCCCAUCCCUCUCUCUCUAACCCCCCCCAUCCCUCUCUCUCUAACCCCCUCCCCAUCCCUCUCUCUCUAACCCCCCUCCCCCCCCUCUCUCUCUAACCCCCCCAUCCCUCUCUCUCUAACCCCCUCCCCAUCCCUCUCUCUCUAACCCCCUCCCCAUCCCUCUCUCUAACCCCCUCCCCAUCCCUCUCUCUCUCUCUAAAAACCCCCUCCCCCAUCCCUCUCUCUCUAAACCCCCCUCCCCCAUCCCUCUCUCUCUAAACCCCAUCCCUCUCUCUCUAACCCCCCCUCCCCCAUCCCUCUCUCUCAGGCCUGUGGUUGGAGAUGGAGGUGGUGUAUACAGGCUGCCUACAGAUGACCCUGGAGACUAAGUUGAACCUGUGUAAACUGGGGAAGGAGAAGUCAAUUGGGGUGGAGGCUGACGGAGACAUCCCAGAGACCAGCCAAGUAGGGUAAGACCAUAGAGUUGGAUAGAGGAUAAAUUGGACCAAAGCCUGUUUUAGCAUGGGCAAUGCCAUUGAGGGCUUUCACCAUUUAAAAGUUGUCCAUUGCAGAGACAGAAGAUGAGCUCUCUAGUACAUCUCUAUGGGUUAGACCUGAUCCCAAUGUCCUCGUACAUCACCGAACAGCCUGCGUCUCAGAUACACUGUUUUGGCUCAUGCUGUGUGUGUGUGUUGUCUGUAUAAAGGAAACAGUUUUGUAACCCUGAUUACAACGACGAUAGAAGUUGUGCCAUGACUCAUGAUGACACAAUCAUUUGGAUCCAAAUGCAGUAUUUAUAGUAUGCGCGCGUGUGUGUGUGUGUGUGUGUCUCAGCUCCAGGCCCAGGCUGUGUGUAUUAGCUGACAGUGAUGAGGAGUCCUCCAGUGCCGGCUCGUCUGAUGAGGAGGAGGUGCCGCCCACCGAACCCCAGGGAACUCUGGGAGAUAAGAGCACAGGCACGCCACCACCACCAGCGACUGAUGGGUAAAUUGAUAUUGUGUCCCAAACGGCACCCUAUUCCCUAUGGGCCUGGUCAAAAGUAGUGCACUAUAUAAGGAAUAACUUGCCAUUUGGGACGCAGGUCAUAAUUACAUUAAUUCUUUAAUGACAAGUUGUUAGCCCUUGUACUGUUUUGUUCACUGGAUGAGAGACUGUUGGUCUCACUUUAAAGUGAGCUCCACGGUUGAACCAGGUGAUUAUUUUUAAGUGGGGAGAAAAAACUGUUGUUAAAUUAGCGUUUUUUAAAGUUUGUAAGUGUUUUUAAAUUAGUGUUUUUAUUGAGCUGCGUUUCAUGUCUCCUCUCAGUGGGAGUGGUGGCAGCACCGGCAGACGGUUCCUGAGGUUCGUGGACAAGAUCGCCUCGUCUAAGUACUUCCAGAAGGCCACGGAGAACGAGUACAUCAAGAAGAAGAUUGCUGAGGUCUCCAACAUGCCACUGAUGCUCACCGUGGAAGUUCUAGAACUCUCGGGGACUCUAGCUGUCAACAUUCCACCUCCCCCUACUGACAGGAUAUGGUACUGCAAACCUGCUAGUUUUAACCAUAGGAAUAGAAUCAUUCUAGUUCUGUGGUUUUAUCAUAUCAUUGUAUAGAUACACUGAACUGAAAGGUACAUUGGCUCUUGUUUUUGUUUAAGUCUCAAACAGGUCUUUCUCUCUCUCCCUCUCUCUUUCUGUCUCCCUGACUCUCCCUCUCUUUUUCUCUCUCCCCGAAUCUCCCUCUCUCUUUCUGUCUCCCCCCACAGGUACAGUUUCCGCGUGCCUCCCAGGCUGGACCUGCGUGUGCGUCCCAUGCUAGGGGAGAGGGAGGUCACCUUCACACACGUCACAGAGUGGAUCGAGAAGAAGCUGAGUCGAGAGUUUCAGGUCAGUCUGAAUGUCAUGAUAUAGUGCUGUGGUCAGGGUUAGCAUAGGCCCAAGCAUGAUGAUACUGUAGCAACAGAAUGGUUGUUUGAUUCCUGUCUGGACUUACUGUACUCAUAGGUAAGGGGCCAAAGUGUUUGCAUCAGCUAUUUUCAUAUCUGUACAGACUAAUAAAAGUUGUCACAAAUUAUUUAUAAUACUAUAAGUCCGAUCCCAGCCAUCUGAUACCAUACCAGUGUUAAGGUGCACCAUACAGUGUUAUGUUGAUCCUGCAAGUUGAUAGGACUUCAUCUUCUGUAUUGUUAUCUAUGUAUAGUUGUCUCAGCCAUGCUUGUUGUUCUUUCGACUGCAGAAGGAGUUUGUGAUGCCCAACAUGGACGACCUCUAUCUUCCUCUCAUGUCCUCCGUGCUAGACUACCCUCCAGCAUCCCAGCAUUCUCCAGCCCACUCCUCACGCCGCUCCUCCAACGACUCCCAAUACUAUGUGUCUGAAUAGCGCCUCACUGUGGCGGUGGAUGGAGAGAAAAAUACAUGGAAAACCAUAUUGCUAAUGGAAAACCAGUGGGCAUGGGUCCACAGUGGAUUCUGAGCAGAUGGCGCUUGGUUCAGUCCUAGCUUGUGAGGCAUGGUCAUAGCAAAGCCUGUGGCGGGCACGUACAACGACGACUGGAGAGUGGCAUGCAGGAGAUAGUGACAUGGCUAUGCUCUGAGCAGCAAGAGGGACCUGGUAUAGCGCCCGGCUCUACUGAUCUAGAAUACUUAACUUAGAUAGCACUCUGCAAUAGGGAAGUGACCUGCGAUAGCCCUGUAAUGAACCAGGUUGACGUUUAUUAGGAUGAGUCUUGUCCGUGAGGCAGAACUGAGCGAUUUCCACUAGAUGGUACAGCAAAUUCAAAAUUGGCUGUAUUGUAAAAAUUAAUAAACAAAAAUGCAAGUUUAGGGUUAAAAUCAGAUUUUAUGACUUUGUGACAGUGCCAGCUAGUGGCCACUCUGCAUAGCUGCCUCCAGAACAAGAUUCAUGACGGAAAAAGCUAACCUGCAUAAUAAAGACAGUGAUUGCGUCUCAAUUGGCACCCUAAACCAUAUAUAUAUAUAUAUCUCUCACAGGAGGCUGAGGGGAGAACGGCACAUAAUAAUGUCCGGAACGGCACUAAUGGAAUGGCAUCAAACACCUGGAAACUGUGCGUUUGAUACCAUUCCGCUCCAGUCAUUAACAGGGAAUAGGGUGCCAUUUUGAAUGAAACUGCAAUAGGUACAUAUUUGUCCACUUGAAGGAAAGUGAAUAUGGGCAUUACUCUGGUAUGAAUUGUUACUGUAUAAUGACUAUGCUGACACACUGAAUUGGAACUGAAUAAGUUGGUCCUCAACUCCUGAAGGUGAGCGUUGUACUCAUGUUGUCCGGUGGGCUGGCCAGAACAUUGGUGUAUUAUUGGCCUGACAAAAUGGACUCCUUGGACAACUAUUUGAAAGUGAUUGUAGCCCAGAGAAGAUUCCUUGGAGAUUAUUGGUUCUCUAAAACGUUCUUGUCAUCUUUGCUUGUUGUGUUAGACUAAGGCAGCAAAUGACUUUCUGCAUGGAUUUUUGGACAGCGUACCCUCUUCAUUGAUCAACUAAACAAUAAUGUAUAAAUGUACAAACUAUCAAGAUAUUGUGACGGACUGGUGGGAAAAUAUAGAAACUAUUCAUAAAAGCACAAUACAGUAGUAGAACAGUACAAAUGUACUAGAUAAUACAUGAUUAAGAUAUCUUUAUUGGUCAAUUGCAUACAAGGUCCAACCCGAAAUUUGACUUCCGCUUUUAACCAUGUCCCACACAAAUGAUUGUGUGCCACCACUGGUGUAAUGGAGGGUAGCCACAAGUAAACUCAGUUUACCCAUAUUUUUUGGGGGGGGAAAUGCAUUGAAAGUAUAGGGAGAGUUACUUUUUCCCUGCGACCAGUUUACCCACAUCACUGUGCCACCAUUAGUCACUUACCCAAAUUGAUGUCCCAAAUGGCACCCCAUUCUAUAUAGAAAAUAGGAUGCCAUUUGGGCCCUGGCCAAAAGUAGUUGACUAUAUGGGUGACAUUUGGGACAUGGGCCAAGUCUAAACUAAAGCGGAAACUUAUUUGAACAGAACAGCCAAACACCACCUGGAUAAAUAAGACUGUUUUAUUAGAAGACUGUUACUAUAAGAAUUUGUUUUUCUGUUGAGCUGGUUUGAACGGUGGACCACCAUCACUUCUAAGCCUCCUCUGGCAAUGGUUCGGCGGGCAGUUUCUUCUGCACAUCCUUCUUCAGUGGGCCCUGUAGGUCAGAGGUCACAGCAGGGUCAACAGAAGUCCAGUAUUAAAGCAACAGGUUCACCCAGCUGAGAUAGAGGGUUACGUCCCAAAUGGCAUCCCAUUCCCUAUAUAGUGCACUACUUUUGACCAGAGCCCAAUGGGUGCCAGUUGGGACGUCGAAGGGAGAUCCAGUCCACAUCCCUUUAAUUCCACAUCUCAAUUCCCUGUACCUUUUUCUUCUGAGAGCACAUUCCAGAAUCCAGCUAAUACACAUCCAAUUUGUCACAGCAUUAGAUCAAACCAUCGGCUCAAGCAAAAGCAUUUUUUGCUAGAUGAGUGAAAACGAGUCUAAUAUGAGCACAAUGUUUUACACAUUAAAAGUAUUGAUUGUUGUAGAUGUGGAAGAUGUUUGAAAGAUACAGGGUUUGACAGGAACAGGUAUUCCAACAAACACGGGAAAAUCUUUCAUCACUAUUCCUGUACUAUCAAUGACUAGGACAACAGUCAUGCCAUAGUCACUUUCGAUACAGGGUGUCCCCCUUUACACAAACGCUUCAGUGCCUCCACCCCAACCUACUCUGUCCCUACAUAAUCCUAGCCUUUCCCUUCACUUACCUACACUCCUCCAUCACUAACAUCCUCCAUCAGUCCCACUCCUCCAUCACUAACAUCCUCCAUCAGUCCCACUCCUCCGUCACUAACAUCCUCCAUCAGUCCCACUCCUCCAUCACUAACAUCCUCCAUCAGUCCCACUCCUCCAUCACUAACAUCCUCCAUCAGUCCCACUCCUCCAUCACUAACAUCCUCCAUCAGUCCCACUCCUCCGUCACUAACAUCCUCCAUCAGUCCCACUCCUCCGUCACUAACAUCCUCCAUCAGUCCCACUCCUCCGUCACUAACAUCCUCCAUCAGUCCCACUCCUCCAUCACUAACAUCCUCCAUCAGUCCCACUCCUCCAUCACUAACAUCCUCCAUCAGUCCCACUCCUCCAUCACUAACAUCCUCCAUCAGUCCCACUCCUCCAUCACUAACAUCCUCUAUCAGUCCCACUAUAUCAUUAACAAUGUCUAUCAGUCCCACUCCCCCCUACAAUGA